AAGCUGGCUUUCUUAGGGUCAGGCAACCCCGGUCACAGUACCAUGGGGGCGAGGGAAAGCUGGAGCGGCUGAAAUUCCUACUUUCACGUAACGAUUCCAGAGCUCAACAAAUGGAACCUCAGUUAACUUAAGCUUAUAAGCUGCUGGUGACAGCAGAAAGAAGACUUAAAGACGUUACACUUUUGUGAUUGUCUCCGUAUAUAAUGGAAUCUACACUUCAACAGUGGAUUUUUGAUAUCUCUUUCAUUGAUUUGCAUUUUAUUUGGAUUGAUAAGGCCCACAACAUUGUGAAGCUGUAGUGUGAAUAUGGGUGAAAAGAAACCAGAACCUUUGGAUUUUGUAAAAGAUUUUCAAGAAUAUUUGACUCAGCAGACUCACCAUGUGAACAUGAUUUCAGGCUCUGUUAGUGGGGACAAGGAAGCUGAGACUCUUCAAGGUGCAGGGACAGAAGGUGAUCAGAAUGGAUUAGAUCAUCCUUCAGUUGAAGUCUCGCUGGAUGAAAACUCGGGAGUAUUAGUAGAUGGAUUUGAAAGAACUUUUGAUGGAAAAUUAAAGUGUCGCUAUUGUAACUAUGCCAGCAAAGGAACAGCACGUCUCAUAGAACAUAUCAGAAUCCACACAGGUGAGAAGCCACAUAGAUGCCAUUUAUGCCCCUUUGCAUCGGCCUAUGAACGUCACCUGGAAGCUCAUAUGCGAUCACAUACUGGUGAAAAACCUUAUAAAUGUGAACUGUGUUCCUUCCGUUGUAGUGACAGGAGCAAUUUGUCACACCAUCGUAGGCGUAAACAUAAAAUGGUGCCUAUAAAGGGUACAAGGCCUUCCCUUAGUAGCAAGAAGAUGUGGGGGGUCUUGCAGAAGAAGACCAGUAACUUGGGGUACAGCCGAAGAGCACUAAUUAACUUGAGUCCACCUUCCAUGGUGGUUCAGAAGCCAGAUUACCUUAACGAAUUCACCCAUGAAAUUCCAAACAUUCAGACUGAAACAUAUGAAAGUAUGACAAAGCCAACAGAGACUGGUGGGUUGCCGAGAGACCCACAAGAUCUUAUGGUAGAUAAUCCUUUGAACCAGCUUUCCACAUUAGCAGGACAGUUGUCUAGUCUGCCUCCUGAAAACCAAAACCCACCUUCCCCUGAUGUUGUACCAUGUCAAGACGAAAAGCCUUUUAUGAUGCAGCAGCCUGCUGCACCCACUAUCAUUCCAGCUGUGGCAACAAGUAUUCCUCGGAGCUCGCCCCCUACAAGCCCUGAUCCUCGUCCUGCACAUACUCAAAGAAACUACAGUCCAGUGGCAGGUCCUAGCAGUGACCACAGUGCCCAUGCCAGUACUCCAAGCAUAAGUAAUAGUCAGCCAAGUACUCCUGCACCAACUCUUCCAGUUCAGGAUCCUCAGCUUCUGCAUCACUGCCAGCACUGUGAUAUGUAUUUUGCUGACAAUAUUCUUUAUACUAUUCAUAUGGGAUGUCAUGGAUUUGAAAAUCCUUUCCAGUGUAACAUCUGUGGCUGCAAGUGUAAAAACAAAUACGAUUUUGCUUGCCACUUUGCCAGAGGCCAGCAUAACCAGCAUUGAUUGAAUACAAGUAGCAUCAUGCUUUCAUUUAUUUGUGUGUGUUUAAGCACAUUGCUAUCUGUCUCUUACAUUCUGAGAGAAAGUGUGCUUGUCCUGGUGGAAGAAUUACACAGUUAACGUUGGAGGCAAAUGUCUUUACACUGUCAUGAUUUGCUGGGUAUGUUCUUCUUAGUCACGAUGGUGUUCUUUAUGUGGUUCCUCAAUGGAAAUGAUGCUCAUAGUUCAAUUACAUUUUUGUAUGGAUUGUUAGCAUAACCUACCUAACGUGCAUCUCUGGAACGUUGCCUGUAUCUAAAUACAGUUUUAAAAUCCUUCAGAAGCUGUCCCACAAAACAGCUCAUUCAAACUUCUGCCACAUUUAAUUUGCUCUGACAUGGUUAAUGUAGAAAACAUACUAUUGUAUACCAACUGGCUAUCCCCUAACUGCUAAAUCUUUUUGAAGAGAUUAAACAAGGAAAAUGUUCAUGUCCACAGUUAAAGUUAAAAUCUGACAGUAUAUUUGCUGUGAGGCCUUUAAAGCUCAUGUGAAAAAAAUGGAAAGCUAAAAGGAUAGCAACUUUAAAAAAUAAAUAUGUGAAAUAGGGUACAAAGACUCCCACCUUUCAGUUACUACUCAUCUGUUUAAGAAAUAACUAAAUGGUGCCUAGAUUUAAGUGUCAGUAACUCUUAAUGGUCUGUGUUAAAAACAAAACAAAAUGGGAAAUGUUUGAAUGAUAUACCAUAAUACUCAUGCCUAACUUAGUGGUGCAUUAUAAAAAAAUUCCACUGCCUUUAAGUGCUGAUUCAAGAGCCAUUUUUUUGCCUUCUGUUCAUGGCAUAUUGACCACCUUCAGGGUUCCAUAACACUGAUGUCAAUAUUCCAUUUAGAGUUUAAAUAUGGAACUACGAAUGCAUUUACUUUUGAAAAAUAUUCUAGUCAAUGUACACAGUGAUCGAUAUCAAAUGUUCUCUGAGCAAGUGUUUUGUUUGUGAUUCUGGACAGGACCAAACAAGUGAAGAUGAAGAUUAGUGGCAAUGAAUUAAUAUUGUAGACAAUGUGGUAGUGAACUUUUAAAAACUGUAUACUUUUAACAUUGUUCAGCUACCUAAAAGAGUGAACAGGCACUUUAAACAAAAAUGCUAGCAAAAACUGGAGUGCUGGCUCUGUAAUGGGAAACCUUAAUAGUCUUUUUUUGAGGGGAGAUACUUAUUUCAACAAGCACUUUGAUUGUCUAUCUUUUAUUACAUUUAGUCUUACUCACUUUGAAAUAUAAACUAUUUCUUUGCAUAACGAGUAAAUAUGCACAUACAGACUGAUUUAAGGUAACUGGUGGAGUGCAUUUAUUUUUCAUGUUCCCCAAAACAUGACUUCUUGUGAAGUAUAAUAUGGUAAUUACAUCUAGCAGCCAGGUCAAAUGCAUGGCUGUGCAAAUGCAGUAGGUUAUAGCAUUGUUUGGUAGAGAAACAAUUAAAUUUCCACUGUUGGUGCUAAUGAAGCUAUGCGUUCUUCGGUUGUAAUAAUUUCCCUUGCCCUUGAAUUUCAUAGCUUUGGCACAUAAGGGGAGCAUGAAUCCACAUGUGAUAAACGGUAAUAAAGGGUACAGGGUGGGCUGUACUGAAGCAAGCUGCAUGAAGCCAGGGGUUGGAUCCUCCAGCUGAAACAGAAUUAAUUUUUUGUUACCAUACAGUCCUAUAGCAUGGUGCAGUGUAAUGAAAAGAGGGGGAGAGGACGAGCUAUGACAAGGGAGCAAAUGUACGCACAAGGCCAGGUUAAGGUUAUAUGUAUUGGAAUCUUUGAAAUCAUAUAAUUGCCUUCUCAGGAUGGUGCAUUGGCCAACCUUGUUGCUGAAUGCCACUGUAAUUUGCAUAGCGUAGUAUAAGAAGGAACUUCAGUACAAAUAAAUAUAUUUAGAAUUGACCGUAAGUAGGUUAUAGGGUACCAAUUUUUUUAAGUAGUGUUGUCUUUUCUAACUGCAUACAACAAAGAUAGUCCAGAAGCAUAAUUUUUCUGGAAACCAGAAUUCCUGAUUCCUGUUUGCAUAGCACAGAAUUUGUUUGGUAAGUAGAAAGGGGGAAACUCAGCACUUAUCCAGCAAGCAAAGGGCAUAGCAACUACACAGCUGCUGCAAAGGACCAGUGGAACAUGGCAGACAGUAACGUCUAUCAGUGGCUUCAUCUGGUAAGCAAAUCCAUACUACAAAACCAAAAAGAAAUGCUCAAGAAGUAUUCUCAAGUGUUAGUUGACAAUUGGCUAGUUAUAGUAGGAUGAGUUGCAGUCUGAUCCUGUAGCUGGCCUUCUAACAGAUUCCAGUGAAAGGGCUUCGAAAAGCAUACUGUUUCAAUUUCUCUUGUAGCAAAACAAGGAUGCAAAAUUCUACUUCUGACUCCUAAAGAUGCAUUUCCUCCUACAGUUCCACUAACCCAGAGCUAUAUGUCAAAUAUAUGAACAAUAUAUAAAAAAUUAUUAGUUACAGCCAUUACUUCAUAAACAUCUUCCUUUUAAUCAGGGUGUCGAUUAGCAGUACAUAGCUUUAUGGGGUCAGGCUGUUAUUGAUGAAUCCUUGUAUGUCAAGAUCGUGUUGUGUUAAGAGAUUUCAGUUUCUUUUCUGCAGACGAAUCCACAUUCUGUAUUGACAUUCUCUCAUAGGAUGCUUUUCAUCUGGGACACUUAAAUGGCAGUUGUUCGCUCCUGAAGUAGACCAGAGUGCUGUAGCAUAUUGAUGCCUUAAACUUAUUUAACAUUUUUAAAGCCAUAACUAUUCUUUGCACCUUUGUAGACUGAAGUCUUUUAAUGAAGUAUGGAAUAGUGAUACAGCUAUGUUAAAUUUAUUAUGUAGAAUCAGUAGAAUGUAUAAAAUUGAUGAUCAUGAGUUAAUCAAAACCAAGCCCUUAACAUUCACUAAUUUUAAGGGGAAACUAUAGAGUAUAUGUCCGACUUCCCUAUUGAACAAAACAGAGCUUGAAAAUAUUUUCCGACAGAUUUUCUGCUUCAAAGGUAUUCCCUGUAGAAGAGUCUUUAAGUACUCUUGGUUAAGUCCUCCUAAGGCCUACUUUAAUAUGUAUUUUAAUGGAAAGAACAUAUUUUGUAUAUGUAAAAAACCCCAAACCGCAUGCAUAGUGAUACUUUUUCCAGAAAGGGGAAUUGAAUUAUGUUCAGUGUAACUCAUAUUUUGAGGGGUUUUUUUUUUUUAGGAAUAAAAUAGCACUUUGUAAUAAUUCUCACUUUACCUGUGUGGCUGCCUGAGCUCAGAAGUUUCUGGCAUCAUCAGCAGGCCAAUUUUGUAAUGUUUAACGCUGGUGGAAUACCAGUGUUCUUUUGCUAAAAGGUAACUCACCUUAGUGUACAGGCAGCCAUUUUGUAUGAUGGCUAUAUUGUACAGAGGAAAAGCUUACCACAGUUCUGCACUUGAAACCGGUUUACAUUGCAUUUCCACUGUGCUUUCCAGAAUCACUCACCACUUCUGUUAAUAAGUGGGAACCUAAAGGGUUUAAUCUUACUGGGGGCAGGGGAGAAUAGUAGAAACAACUUGGUAAGACUGCUCAGCAGCCUUAUUUCACACAAGCAUGUAAUGAAGGAUGAGAGGAGUCAAAGAAACUUGAUCAAGCAGACUUCCAGCUGUACUCUCUAAAAGAUAUAACAAGAAUGUUGGAAUAAGCCUGAAAGUAUGACUAUAUGGUCUGUGAUUAUUCCUCCCCCCUUAUCAUUUUGUUUUUGUUUCCAGAUACCUUGAGGCCAAGUAUUUUGAAUAUAAAUGUUCUGGUUCUUUCUCUAGUGAUAGUGUCAAGUAUAAACUAGUGAGAGCAUUGUAGAGCUUUUUGAAAGUGUGUAUGACCAGUGCUUUGAUAAGAAAAUGCUAAAAUUACAAACAGCUUGGAUGUAUAACUUUGGAAGUAUGAUAGAAACUAAUAACCCAAUGAAACAGGAAUAAUUGCCUGGAUCAAAAGAACCACAAGAGGAAAGCAGCAAGGAGGGGCUUUCUCACCUGUUCUUUCAUAUGGCACCCUGCUGUGCUCCUCUUGCCUCAACAGGAAACAGACUUGGUGCUAUGUGGCGUCUGCCCUGGGAGAGGAAAAGCACUCUCUGUUGCUAGAAAACUUUAGAUAAUAACAGUACUAUAAUUUUCGUAUUCUUUAAAAAAAAUGCCUAUAGAGGAGUAAACUAUAAUUUCACUGGUCUCAAGAGAACAGUGAACUACUUGCAAGCAAAGGUGAGCAGAGUAUUUUAAAAUGUUGAGAGAUGGGUUUAGUCUCUGAGAAAAAGUGCUUCAGGAGUAAAACUGAUCAAAUGCAGUCUUCUUUCAGUAGGACUCAUCAGAGCCCUGUGGGAAUUCCCUUGAUUUAUAGAUCAUAUAUAAUCAGUGCAGUCCUAAGCAGAGUUCUUCCAGUCUAUGCCCAUUGAUUUUACCAAGAAUUUAGAUAAUUCACACACUGCCCUAGGAACACACAGAUCAGAAAAACUCAAGUGAGCCUUUCCUUGACUUUUUGUGCAAGGCUAUUUGUAAUGAUGCAAUGCAGAUCAAACGAGUUUCAUGGAAAAUUAUGUUUUAUGUUUUUAUACUACAAUAAAAUCAAAUAAACCCUGUAAAGAAGUACUGUUUUACAAAAUUACAAACAGCAAUCCUAUGUUGUUUGACAUUAUAGCCCUUUUAAAAUACAGUACAGUACAGGAAGGCAAUGGCAAACCACCCCAUACAGUCUGCCAAGAAAACGCCCCCCCCCCAUGGGUUAGUAAUGACUCGGUGCUUGCACCUUUACCUUUUGCAGCCCUCCUCCUGCUGCAUAGGUGCAAUGUGUUCCUCUGGCACUAGCUGUUUU